GUGGGACAAGAGCGCGGAGUCAGGAGCGGAGAGCACGUCGCAGAGAGACAGGUGUUGACUGUUGAGACUACUUUGAAGAGAGGUUGGAGUGGAAGAGAAGAUCGGAAAGUUGUCCUUCCAAGAGAUUUGAUCAAGCUUCGGUCUAUUGCGAAGAGUGUUUGGGCAGCAACGAUCGGUUUCGAUUUGGUGGUGGUCGACUUUGUAAGACGAGCGAGGGAGAUUGGACUUCUGGUUCAAGCGCCAAGACCCAAUACAUUAUCAACUGAAACACGCGGAAAGCUGCAAAUUGAGUACCAACUGAGUCUUUUUUCACCGCGUGAAGGCAAAUCCGAUUUCGCUGGAUUACUAAUUGUAUGAUACAAAUGAACAAGACUGCCAUCGUUCUCCCAAGAAAGCAGAAUGGCGAAGGCGUUGCCAGCAAAGACCCUGUCUGCCUUGACAUGGCCAAGAUUAGCAGCCUCUUCAAAAUGAGUAUCUCGCUAUCCGCACUGCGCAAUGCUUGCCGUCAUGUGGGGUUGGAGAAAUGGCCGUACUCAAGGAACAGAGACAAGUCCGACAUGUCUGACCAUCAGGUGUUCUGCUCCGACGGCUCCAAGAGUCCAUCGAGCUCAUCUGAGGACGAGAUGUAUCCCGCCUACGGUUGCAUGUGGGACGCCGGCCAGCGAGGUCUUCCUGUGAGCGAGGACUUGAUGCAAGAAGCUCUUCAGCAUGUUACGGGGGGCCGAGAGUUUGGGGUCAGGGUGUGGUAGAUCCGCUCCGAGGAAGGUCCAAUUUCCAUCUUGUACAUGCUCUCUUGUCUGGUGAAAGACAGUUUUGGAGACUCUGUCUGCGCUACCUGUAGUCUGCUUUUUUCCUUUUGAUUCGUUACUCGCUAUAGCCUUUUUCCCACAUCGGAUGUUCGUUUAUUUCACACCGCGAAAGUUCGAAAUAAAACCCUGAUCUCUUUC